AUGUCGAGCCGCUCCGACGAUUCGUUGGACUCGCUUUUUCAUUACGAGCCGAGCCGCGUAGAUGCCGAGGCGAGAAAUGACGAGCCGUUGGCAUCGACGAGCCGUCCCCAGGACCCGGUUCCUGAUCCGCCUGGCUUUACGCUUUCUUCCCUUGAGUCACUCGAGGCGUUGAGGCAUCGCUUCGGGAUAUCCGAGGCGGUGGAGUUUGUCGUUCCCGAGAAUAUCGACCGAGCCGACAAGCCUCUGGAGAAUCACUUCACUCUAUACGAGGCGUUCUUCGAGCUUUGCUUUCUCUGGUUCCCGAUCCCCGGAGUGAUCCUCGAAUACUUUUGGAAACACGGGAUCUCGAUUGGGCAGAUUAUGCCGAGGGGAUUACGGCAUAUGAUCGGCAUUUUAGUCCGAAGCUUCGAAUGCGGUCUUGACAUCGAGCUGAAUCCCCUGCUGAACUUGCUGGAAAUCAGGAAAGCUCCGAAAGGAAAUAGGUUCUAUAUUUCCAACAAGGCGAAGCGACGGAUUAUUGGCGGUUUUUCCAGCAAGGAUCAGUUUUGGACUGAACGCUUCUUCUACGUCUUGGUGAACGAUGCGUCGGUCGGCGAAGAUUACGUUCACCGAACCAAGACUGCUUGGGUACCACUUGUUCGGUGCUAUCUUCCCCCGAUUCCCGACGACGUCUUUACUGUUCGAGACUCUCUUUUGGUGUGGAAGGUUAAUUGGAGAAAAAACUUCACCCUCGAAAGAGUAGAAAAAGUGCGAGCCAUCCUUGCCGGAGUCCCCGUCAGUUCUUCGUCCUCAAGUUCUUCGAGAGGUACCCGGGAGAAGAUGGUGGUGAUCGCCCUUAGAGAAAGGAAGAGACGCGAGGAAGAGCAAACCGAGGCGGUUCCGGCGCUAGCCGAGGCGGUAUCAGCGCAAACCGAGGCCGUCCUUCAACCCGACCCUCCGAGCUGGGAAGGGGAUGUGAUGAUCCGAGCCGCAGAAGGCGACACUGCCGAGGCGGCUGAGAAACACGUAGUGCCCGAGGUGUCUGGGGACGGCUUGGCGGCGCGGAGUAAGACUCCUUCGCAAUCCGCCAUCCUGGCCCUCCAGAAGUCAAUGAGGCCACCGACUUCGGUCGUCCAGAAGCAUGACUCUAGCCGAAAACGUGCGGCUACUGACAAGGGGAAAGGGGUCGCCGUCCAGAAGGACGAGCCAUCCAAGAAGAGGCGGAAACCGACGCCCGGGGACCCCGCCGCGCGUAAAUUGGUUGUUGACGACCCCGACGCUUCUGCCGUCACGUUCUCGCGUGUAAAUAACGCGAACACGCGUCUUCCUCCUCCGGAGAAGCUGAGGAGGCCAAGGUCAUAUGGCGCGAUGGCGCAGCGUGGUACCAAGUUUGUCGCGGCCAUUAACGACAUGAUGGCCGAGUAUGAGGCGGACCUGUCUAAGGUCGAACGUCGCUUGGACGGGGCCCGAAAUGAGACCGCAGCGUCAAAGGUGAAGCUGGAAGAGGCGCAAAACGAAGCCGCGGCAGCGAAGGGGAAACUCACCGAGGCGAUGACCCGAGUGUCGAGGUUGGAAGAGGAGAAGAUAGUUCUUCGAGCAGACGUCAACAAAGUUUCCGCCUCGGUGAUUCGCCUGGAGGUAGCAAGGAGAGCCAAAAGCGCCAAGGUGGCGUUGCUUAAAAGGCGUAUCGAGGCCAAGGAUGCGCUGUUCGAAGCCAAGGUCAAACGCGCGAAGAAGGAGGCGAGGCGCGAGCUGACGGCGAAGUUUCAGGAACGCCUCGCCAAGGUGGAGGAGGGUUUGGUCAAGCUCAAGAAGGCCAAAAAUGAUGAGAACGAUCUGGGACAGAUCAAGGGCAAUCUUGCGAUGAUUGCCGACCUGAAGAAGCCGUACGCCCUGACGCUUGACGACGAGGAGGCGAAGCUGAAAAGCUGGGAGAGUAAGUAUGCCGACGACGAGGCGUACGAGCGUAUUGCUUCCGAGAUUCGGGGCGAGCUGUAUUACUCUCCCAUAUCGCCGGACUCGGUCGACACCACCCUCGGCAACGAGUCGCUCGAAGAGACAACGGCCAACUUAGGCGUGGUAGAUCCGAACGGAUCAAACGCGGGCACGCCAGUCCUCUCGAACCUCCUCGCCGAACGUGAGACGCAGUCCGCGGCUUGA